AUGCCCGCCCCACGAGCCAAGCGCCAGUUUGCCGGUGCCGCCAGUGAUCCCGCCCAGCGCCAGAUCACCUCCUUCUUCCACGCAACCACCACCUCAUCUGACGUCUACGAGGACGGCAGACCUUCGCGGCCCGUGCUGCCCACAGAUACCCAGUCCAACCUCCUCAACGUGGGCAUGCGCAUCCGCAAGUCCGUGCCCGAGGGUUACAAGACAGGCGGCCCCUACAGCGCCUUGGCCCUCUUCGACGACCUCGACCGCAGACAGCCUGCCCUCACUGUCGUUCCUACACCCAUUGGCACCACCCACAUCCCGUCCUCCUCCUCUUAUACCACCGCCCAGCGGGAGCUCCUUCCCUUCUGCGGCAUCAACAAGGUCGGCGGCCUCGCCUCCCAGCCCUCCUCCUCCCUCUCGUAUCAUCACUCCGAGGCCGGGCCCGUCAGCUCGCACGCCCUCCACCACCACCACGACGCCCUCCCCGGACUCGAUGACGUCCCCUCGCUCAGCAGCAGCCAGACCUCCGUGGCCAGCAGCACAACCAGCCUCGCACCCAACAAGAAGCGCGUAUAUGACGACGGUGAGGAGAGCGACACUCCCUCCGUGUCAAGCUGCCUGCAAGUCCCCAGCGGCGACUGGAUGGACGGCCAGGUCAGCCCACGGAGCCUGGUACCGGUAGGAUGGGACAACACGCGGGUCAUGGCCGUUCCUAAGAAGCUACGUCGGAGCCUGCGGGCGGGUGGUGUCAUCAUCCCUGCUGUGACCAUCGCGGGCGUGGACGACAAGGCUCUGGGCCAACUGGGUCAGGAGAACAUGAUGCUGGACGAGGACGACUUUCCAGAUGCAGAUUUCUUGGACUACCGAGUGCUGGCAGACGACCCUAUGGAGACCUAG